AUGGUGCGUGGUAUCCCUCAUACUGAGAAGCUUUUCAUAGGAGGAGAUUUCAACGGACACAUUGAAGCGACGUCUGAGGGGUAUGAUGAUGUGUAUGGUGGCUUUGGUUUUGGAGAUAGAAAGGAAGGAGGAACGUCUCUUCUAGACUUUGCUAGAGCAUUUGAUUUGGUGAUAGCAAACUCGAGUUUUCCGAAGAAGAGGGAGCACUUGGUCACCUUCCGGAGUUCGGUGGCCGAGACUCAGAUUGAUUAUUUACUCUGCAGGAAGUCCAAUAGAGGUAUUUGCACGAAUGGCAAGUGCAUUAGGGAAGCCGCAGAUGAGGUAUUAGGGGUCUCAAAGGGUUACUCUGAUAGUCACAAGGGAGACUGGUGGUGGAAUGGAGAGGUGCAAGGAAAAGUGGAAAUCAAGAAAGUAGCGUAUCUGAAGCUAGUGGUGAUGGACGUACUGAUGCUCCACAUCCAAGGGGAGGUGUCAUGGUGCAUACUAUUUAUAGAGGAUAUUGUAUUGAUUGACGAUAUGCGAGACGGUGUGAAUGCACAAUUAGAG